CAGUGACAUGAACCCUACCCUCUCUCCUUAUAUAAGGCUUGGCUUUUCUCUCCCCCUCCCUGGCUCUUCCCAAGGCCAUCAACUCGAUCUCUCUACGUAGACACAAAAAGGCAAUGGGUGCAAGACUGAGGGUUCUGGCUCUUGCUCUAGCUAUAUUGAUGAUGGUGAGUUCCUGUUUGGCUGCAAACAGAAAAGUUACAAAAGUAGAUGUGCUCAAGCAUGAAGACGCCACCAUUGUCCAUGGCCGGACGCUGCUUGAUGAUGGCGGCAAUGCCAAAGGGAGCAGUGUGACCAACCACCAUUACAUUCCUAGGGAGGAUUUCAAUAACUACCCUGGUAGUGGUGGAGAUGGAAAUGGGUAAACUAAGAACAUCAGUAUUAUAUGGUAAUGGCGUGAGGAAUAAUUAUCCACCGUUCAGAUGAUAUAUAAUAUGAUGUUACUUCAUGUUUAAUUCGGUUUUUCCACAUAUAUCUCUGUCAUCUAACUAGCUUCUGUACUGUAGUACGUACCUGGUAUCAUUGUUCUGGUCUUAGUAUUACAUAUCUGUUGUUAUACAAAUGAAGGAUCUAAUAUAAUUUGCAUGCAUCAUGCAUGCAAUGCUAUCUUACAUGUGAUUUUUAAUAAAUAACUAGGGUUUGGGAAAGAAAUAUAUAUGGGUCGUUUUAUCAAUUUGAGUAGUCCAAUUCCAAGAA